CUCUCUACUCGUCCUGUCCCGCCUCCCCUGAUUCGGUGUAUGAGUGAUUUAUAACCGCUAAUCCCGUCAUGUCCACGCCGGCCCGGAGGCGCCUCAUGCGGGACUUCAAAAGACUACAGGAGGAUCCCCCAGCUGGAGUAAGCGGAGCCCCUUCCGAGAACAACAUCAUGGUUUGGAACGCGGUCAUCUUUGGGCCUGAGGGAACCCCUUUUGAAGAUGGAACUUUCAAGCUUACAAUAGAGUUUACAGAAGAAUAUCCAAACAAGCCACCUACUGUUAGAUUUGUGUCUAAAAUGUUUCAUCCAAAUGUCUAUGCAGAUGGUAGUAUAUGUCUGGAUAUUCUUCAGAAUCGUUGGAGUCCCACCUAUGAUGUGUCGUCCAUCUUAACAUCCAUACAGUCUUUACUGGAUGAGCCUAAUCCAAACAGUCCAGCAAACAGCCAGGCAGCUCAACUAUACCAAGAGAAUAAGCGGGAAUAUGAAAAACGGGUUUCUGCAAUAGUAGAACAGAGUUGGCGUGAUUGUUGACCCUGGAUGAUGCAAAUGAACACUCUGAUGAGGAAAAUAUAUGUAUGAAGUGUCUGAGUCAUCCUCCUCCUCCUCCUAGCAUCACUGCAUUUACUUUGAAAGCAAAAUAGCUGUUGUGCUGUUGCCACCUACCCUCGCUGAAGCUUCUUUCUCCUCGGACAUCAGAAAGCACCCCUCCCCUCCCCCUUGAGGUCAAAUGUACUGUACUUGGGUUACUUGUAAAAGAAUUGCUGAGGCUGAAUUCCAUCUCCAGUCUUAGGGCAGUAUUGUGCAUUUCUGUAGUGUACACUAAGCUUUUAAUUGUAAUUGUGUUAUACACAGUGAUGCUUAUGUGUAGCUUGAUUUAAAAAAAAGGGAUGUUUAUAUACAAUAUACAUUUUUAACUAUGACUCAAGUGCUGAUCUGUCCAGGCUGGUCAUUUAACUGCUGGUAUCAUCUUCACUGCAUCUGUAAGUACUAUGUGAAGAACUAACUUUCCUGCUGUUUCUUUACUGGAUUUUUUUUCCUGUUAAG